AUGCCCCAACUAGACACAUCAACAUGAUUUACUACUAUUUUAGCUAUAACACUAACUCUUUUCAUUUUAUUUCAACUAAAUAUUUCAAAACUAACAUACCCCUUUAACCUAAGCUUAGCAGACAUUAAAUUACAAACACUUAAUUCCCCUUGAGAACUAAAAUGAACGAAAAUCUAUUUGCCUCUUUCAUUACCCCUACAAUAA